UCCUCAUUAUUAUACAUUCCUCCCUACCACAACCCAACCCCAAAUCGUCCCCUCUGAAUUAUCGCGGAGCUUCCCUUUUCUUUAUUCUCGAUCCAAUCGCCAAUAUAGCAGCUAAAAUAAAAAAACAAAAUCUCUAGAAAUUAAAGUAAAAGCCUUUUGAAUUUCGAUUUUUGAUGCGUUUUUGUGGUUGUUGAGUUUUUCCUCGUAGCUGUUCGGAUUGGCCAUGCGACCCUGGUUUUCCGCGAUCGGCCUCUCGAGAGAGGACUCCACCGCCGCCGCCAGUAAUCAAGCCUCCGAUAUUAUUGUUAUCAUCUCAAAAGUAGCCGAUUCGUUUGAAACGUCCAACUUUCUUGAAACGAAUUGUUGUAGAUUCAGAAAUGGCCUCUGAUACUCAUGGCCCAAGUCCCAAGGGGCUGCUCUGUAAUGCCGGCGCUGGUGCCGCUGCCGGAAUGAUUGCAGCCACUUUUGUGUGUCCUUUGGAUGUUAUAAAGACUAGAUUACAGGUCCAUGGGCUACCACAGCUUGUUAAUGCUAAUAUUAAUAUGAAAGGGAGUAUUAUAGUUGGGAGUCUAGAACAGAUAUUCCAGAAGGAGGGGUUGCGUGGAAUGUAUCGUGGACUCUCCCCUACGAUGCUGGCAUUGCUUCCAAAUUGGGCAGUGUAUUUCACAAUUUAUGAGCAAUUAAAAAGUAUUCUUGGAGCUGAUGAUGUAAAUCAUAAGCUAUCUAUUGGUGCCAAUGUGAUAGCUGCUUCUGGUGCUGGAGCGGCAACAACUAUUGCCACAAAUCCUCUAUGGGUUGUCAAGACAAGGCUUCAGACACAAGGAAUGAGAACCAGUGUAAUGCCAUACAGGAGCACAUUAUCUGCCUUAAGGAGAAUUGCUCAUGAAGAGGGUGUUCGUGGAUUGUACAGUGGUCUUGUGCCAGCUAUGGCCGGUAUCAGUCAUGUUGCCAUCCAAUUUCCAACCUAUGAGAAGAUUAAAAUUUACUUGGCAGAUCGGGAUAACACCACAAUGGAUAAACUCAGUGCAAGUGAUGUUGCUGUUGCCUCGUCAGUUUCAAAAAUAUUUGCUUCCACAAUGACGUACCCACAUGAGGUUGUUCGCUCGAGGCUUCAAGAACAAGGCCGCCACUCUGAGAAGCGUUAUUCUGGUGCAGUCGACUGCAUAAAGAAAGUUUUUCAACAAGAAGGCAUUCCUGGGUUCUAUCGGGGGUGUGCCACCAACCUUUUUAGGACAACACCUGCCGCUGUAAUCACAUUUACCAGUUUCGAGAUGAUUCAUCGGUCUCUCGUUACUUUCUUCUCCCCCGAUCCACACCCUCAACCAUUGUAAUAACGAAACCUGCUUGAAAUAGGUCAACAAGUUUACUGGAAAAAAUUAAUGAUAUUUCGUUUUUAGUCUCCAAGAAUGUCUGUUUUGUUUGAUUGAUUUUGCUCUUUCCUAAUUGGUUGUAUGUCUUCAA